GUAUAUAAUAUGUCGGUCCAUAUUCUUGGGUACGCCACAAGAAAAGAAGAAAUGGACGAACAUAUUCUGCAUCAAAGUCUACCAAUCGCUCAAAUUUUGCGUUCUUAUUUCUUUGAAAAUGCAAUCUUACUUUUUUAAAACAUUAAUAGUUAGUCUCGAUUAUUCGACAAAAUGGGGGAAAUAUAAUGUCUACAAAGUUCCUCAAGAGUAAUAACAAUCGGAUCCGUGCAAGGAGUUUUUAGAUGAAAUAAUUCGAGACAACAGAACUUAAGAUAAGGGAAAUAGGUUAUAUGACUUAUAUCUGUAGACCAAUAUAAUUUCUAAUAAAGAAAAUACGAUCGUAGACAAUAAUGUAUGAUGAAAACGACAAUUUUGUUGUGUUAAACUGUUAAUUCUGUGGGAUAUAUAACAGAGUUGUCUUUUAUACGCACAUGUACAUAUUUCGUUAGACCAUCUCCAACCCAUAUUUAUUUUCAUCUUUAUAUUUUUCUCUAAAAUGCUUCAUUGUAUACAUUUAUAAUAGAGUUCCUUAAUUUAUAGGAACAAAUAUAGAAAUAUGCUAUUUUUAUUUCUAAUUUUUUUUAUCAUCAACUUUACAGACUCAUACUGACUCUGUAAACCAAACCGGGUGAUCUGCAUCCCUGUGAACGACAAAAGACGGUUGUUUCCUAACACUGCGUGCUAGUCUAUCCGCCAUUGAAUUUUGCGUCUUUGGUACAUAUAUGAUCUCUGAUCGGGAGAAGCUCUCUUUCAGGGUCUUGACAUCGUCCAAAUAAUUUACAAAAGCUGGUCAUUCUUCUGGUUCCAAAACUAUCUUCACCAAUUGAAAACAAUCUCUAAAUAUAGAAGCAAAAAAUAAAUUGCUUCUAUAUUUUCCUCUAAAAUAGAGAAAUUCUAUUAUAUAGGUAUACAUCGGAGCAUUUUUACCUUUAUAAUAGAGAUUUUUAUUUUUUAAAAAAAUUUUAGAAAUAUACUUAGAGAUGCUCAUUUUUGCUUUCGGUUUAAGAUUUUUCUAGGUUUUUUUGUUGGUAUUUACUAUAUUAUUCUUGUCUUGACAAAAUUAUCAUCAAUUUUAGGAGAGGAACGAAUUAGUAUAUAAACCCAAAAUAGGGAACAAAAGAAAAAAAGAAAAAGAGAAAAAGAAUUAGCAGUUGAGUAUUUGAUGUAUCCCGUUGUUUAUUCGUUUGUGUGUCUUAUUUCUGAUUAUUGCUUUAAGAAAUUACUUUAAGUGUGAGUUUGCUUCUUUGACUGAUCAAUUGAAUCUCGUUCCCCAAGCCAAAAAAAAGAACACAAGAUGUUGCUUUUGAUCAUUGCCAAGAAUCUCACUUCGGAAUUCUCUUACCUUUACCCUUUUUAUUUUCAUUCCUAGCUUAAACAGUACUUGUUCUCCUUAAUUAUGACAUGUAAUAAUUCAUAUAUUGCCUUUAUAUUAAAGAAGCUUCAGUAUUAUACCAAAUUUUGGUUAUGAUUUUCAGUUCCAAGAAUAGUAAAUGACAGUGGUAUACCGACAAAAAAUGACAUGGCAUAAAAAGACAAACAAUUGAUUUUGUCGUUUUUAACAUGUGCAUUUAGAGCAUUUAAGCAUCUUUCCAUUUUUCUUUUACUUAAGAAUAUAUUAUAUUUUGAAAACAUAAAUUGAGAUCCUUAGAUAUUUUUUUAUCUAUUUUAUACAAAUAACUGAUAAGAAAUACGCACAACCCUUAAAUAAUUUGGUAUUAAAGCCAAAUUAAAUAUUCAUUAAUCAUCUCCAAAUGGUAAAUCAAAACAAUGUACAUUUUGAUGAACCGGAAAAACAACAAUAACUAGGUUAUAGGAAAAUGACAAAGAAACAAACUGGACAAACAACAAUAACUAGGUUAUAAGGAAAUAACAACAAAAAUAAACAUAUCUGAAACAAUAAAAGACAAAAAGCGUGGGAAGAAGACUAGUAACGAGCAGCUCGGGUUGUCCCCGAUUUCCAGAGUGUCCAAAAUCAGCCUUUAUCCAUCAACAGUGUGCUGUAAAAGUAAGCCACCUUAUAGGUCGUCCUGUGGGCAUCAAAUUAAGGUUGUGAUCCAUAGGAAAGCAUGACUCCUGAAAUCCUAGCUACCGCAGUCUACCAUGAAAUUUACAGUUUCACAGGUUCGAUCCACCCCCAUGUGUUUUUCUUCAUUCAAUCCAGGCAUGGGUCACUCUGCGCCGUCCCAAAUAAUCGCCAUCUCCAAGAUCAGUCCACCGAGUCAAUCAAUUCGCCCUCAAAAAGCUACAAACCCUAAGAGAUCCCGACGACUAACCAGAAAAUCCCAGCCUCGACUCCAUUGUUCUCUAAUAGAGUACUUCUGGCGACGAUCCGACAAUCCACUAAAACUGCACAAGCUCUCCUAGGGAUCCACUGCACAAGGAUUCAGAGGAAAGAGAGAAUAGAGAAGCACAUAUUGAGUACCGAUUCUUGACUGUUCUGUCACGGCGAGCAGAUGCCAAGGGACGGGUGGGAAACUUCUAAAAUGUCCCGCGAAGAACACAAAGUUUGGAAGGCUCCACACCCAAACAAAAUUGUUGAAAUUUUGAAAGAGAAAAUUGAAGUGUGUGAGUACAUGACAAAUUGAUGAGAGUAAAGCACACAAACGUGUUUAGGAAAAAUAUUAUUAGACUAUCAAAAAAAUAAUGUUACAAGGUGCAUAGUUUAUAUAGAAAAUAAAUCAACCUAAUUUCUUAAACUAAUAUAAAAUAGUAUACAAUAGAUAACGAUAAGUUUCAUAUUCUAAUAUAUUGAUGUAUAUCCUUAAUAUUAAUCAUUGGAUUAGGUCGAUCUUCUAGAUCUCCCGAUAGUACACACCUCUCAAUUUGUUUUCAAGAUAUCAGUUUGGUAUUUAUUUGUUUUUUUAUAAAUUUGAUAGUUAUACAUGGUAGCUUCGCGAAAGGAUAUAUAUAUAUUUUUUCUUUCUGUUCUAAGUAAAUUGUAUACUCUAAUUCUAAUUUUAUAAUCAUUAGUUUCAUAGCUUAAAACUAGUAAAUAUCAUUUUCAAUUUAGCUAACUUUGGCUGUUGUUCAAUACUGUGUUCCACUUUUCUCUUCGUUUUCUCAUCAAUUGCCAGAUUCAUACUAUAAGUCAGACCAGGUCCUUGGUUUGUUGAGGCUACAAGCCAAAAAAAAUUAUGUGGUUGGCUAGCCUUGAACCCUGCACCUCUUGUAAAAGAUAGAGACAUUAGACCAAUGUACUAAAAAUUAGAUAUUAUAUUUUUGUCAACCAUUAAAAUAGAUCUUUGACUUCACCAUGCACACUACUAAAUUGUAGUUUUGCUUAAGAUCUUUUUUUUAUAGUGCAAGUUUCGAGCCUUUUGGUCCGUAAUAUCUCACAGAUCUGUAAUCAACCUUUAAAUAUCUAUACUAUUAAAAGGAAAUCAUUCUGAAAAAAUCUACUUAAAAAAGUUAUUGCACCUAUUUAUUUUGGUCCAACCUAUUAUAUACAACUAAAUAUUAAUAAUUUAAUCCUAUUAUAUUAACCAAAAUCUAUGUUCGACUAGAAUUGGUCAACACACCCAUUUAGAUAUACGUGUUGUGUUAUGAUUAUUAUUUUCUACAUUACCUACGUACAAUAUUCCUCUAAUAUACACUAAAGUCUUAAACGUGAGUCUGAGGGUAUAUAUUUUUAAUGUUUCGAUGAACCACCAUGGAAUAUUCAUGCUUCUGUGAAAUUUAUUUUUGGUCGAAUGUCUAUGUGAGUUUUGAAGAUUAUAUUUGCAACACUAUGUUAGUCGUCAUCAUCUUGCAGUUUCCGCUUCAUAUUUUUACAACACAUAAUAAGUGCCAUGUGGUAGAACAUGGCAAUUAUGCCUUAUUGGUAAUGAGUUGUCAGGUCACGAAUCAGUCUGUUUCAAAAAAAUUUCUUAUCAGUCCAAUUGAAAACAGGUUAUAUGCGAUGGAGCCGAGGAAGACAAAGAAGGAGAAACAGAAAAGAAAAAUCAGAAGAAAAUCCUCACCGGCUAUUAAUGAAAUCUUUCAAAAAAAAUUAAUUUCAAAAUUUAAGGAAAUUUUAGAUUUGAUAUAAUCUAAAAACUUAACAAAUAGCUAUCUCUAUGGAAUUAUCAAAAUAUUCUUUAGCGUAUUUAUCCACAAAUAUAAUAAUUAUAUAAUGAUAAUUUUACUAAAAAAUAUUAAACAUAAAAAUGAAACAAUUUUUAUCAAAUCUUUCACUUAAAUCCACACAUAACUACAUAACAAAAUACUUUAAAUCAAUAACAUCAGCUGCAAUCAAGUUAAUAUAUGUCAACUACAUGUAUUCCCUGUCGCUUUUGUUAAACAAAAGUAAGAUAUAUCAUUUGACUCAAAAAUUUGAGAAAUAUUAAAUCUUUAAUCAAAGAUCUUUCCAAAAACAUUUGUUUCGAUUUUUCAGAUUAACGUUACAAAAACUUUGAAUUAAUGUGAAAUCUUACAGAAAUCAGAACGCUUUUACGAAUCAUAUGCUUAAAAUGAAAACUAUUUUCUAAAAAAAAAAUACUCACUAAUAAACCUACAAUAUUUAGACACAUCAAAUAUUUACAAAUCAAAAUUGAUAAAAGUACUUUAGAAAACUAUCUGUUACAAAAAUUAUAUAUAUUACGUUAACUUAAAUUUUAUUAUUUAAUAUAAUUUUAAAAAUAUUAAAAAAUCAUAUAACUUUAUAUCAUUAAAUUAGCCAAAAAUCUGUUAAACAAAUCUUAAAUUUAACCAAUUCAACAAAUGUAACUCUUAUAAAACGCACACAAAAUAUAAUGUAAGAGAGUAGGCUUGGACAUUCGAAUUUUUGGAUCAAGUACGGAUCGUUCUUUUCCGAUCCGUAUUUUACGAGUCCAUACAUGUGGCCCUAACAAGGUAUAUAAUAAUUUUUGGUUUGGAUUCAGGUAGGUUCGUUUAUUUCAGGUCUGGAUGGGUCCGGUCCAUAAUUCAGAUACCUGUAAUUUUAGGUACGUAACAGAUCUGGAUCGUUAUUCGUUCAGGUAUUGAAGACCCGAAAAACUCGAAGUACCAGAAAAAUGCCAGAAACACGAAAAAUACUCAAAAACUCAAAACUACCUAAAAAUAUUCAAAUAUCCAAAAAAUCCAAAAAUUUAACAUGAACAUAAAAACCAAAAAUACCUAAACUUUAUCCACAUACCCAAAAUAUAUUUUUUAAAAUUUUGAAAUUUUAUUCGAAACUCAAAACUAUAACCGAAAAUCUGAAACAAAAACAUAUUCACAAUAUCCAAAAAUACCUAAUAACAAAAUAUUUUUGUUACCCAAUAAAGUCUUGGAUAUGAUCCGUACUCGAACAAAGCCCCGCGGGUCCAAAGAAAUACACUAUAGGUACUUUUCUUUGACCUAGACCCAAACCAAACCUGAUUUCGGGUUGGUUUCGGAUAAAAUACCUAGAUUUAAGAGAGAAUUACAUAAUAAUGUACAUACAAAAUCUUAAAUAAACUAAUUCAUAAAUUAUAUAUAUAUAUAUAUAUAUAUUUUUUUAAAAAAUAUCUUCUUCUAUGUAAUACGAAUUUAUAACAUAAUAAUGGAAAAAAAAUUAAAAUGGUAAUUCAUAUUAAAAAUUAUGUACAAUUUAAAAACCCGCGCUUUUGAAGCGCGGAUCAAAAUCUAGUUCUGAUUUAAAGAAUAACCAUCUAUACCAAAGAUGGUUUGAACCUGGAGAACAAGGACACCAACCCUUUUAUAUAUAUAUUACCACUAGACUACCAACAUUUUGGUUAACUGUUAAACAUUUAUACUUUGCUUUUAUCACUUUUAUUCAAAACAAACAUGUAAAGGAAACAACUCAUUUUAUGUAUAUAUACUUGUAAAACUUGUUCCUGAAAUGUCUGCAAAAACUGAAACUGACAUGAAAGAACCAUUUGAAUUAAAGAAACAAAAAAAGAGAACUAACUGAAUAACUUUGAUAUUUAUUCAAAAUUGCAACAUAAAAACAAAUUAUCUGUCAACACGAGGAAAUGAGAAUGUUAAACAUGUAUCCGGUAUUUGAAUAUAGGAACUGAAAUAAAAAGUGGUGCUCCACUUAAUUCUUUAAAAAAUCUAUUAUAUUAUUGGCUGAUGCCAAUUGUUUCCGUACCCGAAAACGAAAAACUCGAUUAAGGAAAUAGUGAGUUAACUAAAGCCCUUGAGAAUAUUCAUUGUAGAAUUGUUGCUUUCUUUAGAUAAAGUAGAAAAGUAAUGCAUGUAAUCUUCACUACAAUAGAUUUGAUCAUACCAAUUCCUUUUGUCGUUAAGUUAAACAAAGGCUCUAUAUAUAUGUAGCCAUGUCUUAAUGUGUACCUUAUAACCUACUCACAAAGCAACCAGACAACACAUACAUCUCUCAUCUCUCUAUUCUCUCUCACUGUAAACUUCAAAUUAUGAUGGGAUACAAAACAAACGCUAAUUUCUCCAUGUUGUACGACCAAGACCACCCUCAUAAUUAUGAUUAUGAUGACCUCUCUUCAUCAACUUCUGUUGAUUGCACUCUCUCCCUUGGAACACCAUCUACUCGUCUCGACGAACACCAUAGAUUUUCUUCUGCCAAUUCUAACAACAUCUCCGGCGACUUCUUCUUUCACGGAGGAAGCCCAAAAACGACGACGUCUUACAAGAAGAGCGGUAGUGAACACAACCUGCCUCGCCGUUGUGCUAGCUGCGACACAACUUCUACUCCUCUAUGGAGAAACGGACCAAAAGGGCCUAAGUCGUUAUGCAAUGCGUGUGGAAUCAGAUUCAAGAAGGAAGAGAGGCGUGCAGCCGCCAGAAACUCAAUAACGUCCGGUGGUGGUUCAUCAGUGGCAGAAGUUCCGGCAGAGAACCUGUACAACGGAGGUGGAAACUAUUACACUCAUCAUCACUAUGCUUCGUCGUCACCCUCGUGGGCUCAUCAGAACACACAAAGAGUUCAGUAUUUCUCGCCGGCACCGGAGAUGGAAUAUCCGUUCGUUGAUGACGUCACGGCUGCCUCGUUUCUGUCUUGGAACUGACGUCACCGAAACCAAUGGCCUUCUCCACCAUUUUUGACGAGAUAAACGUUAACUAUGGAUGAUGAUGACGAUGAUGAAAGGUCUUGUCAUAGAUUCUCACCCAAAGUAAAUCAGUCCUGGUCAAAUUCAUUAUAGAUUCUUUUUAUUUAUCUAUUUCUUACAUCGACUCUAUCUCCUUUUUUUUGUCGACGCCCAUCGACUCUAUCUCCUUGUGUUUUCUUUUUAUGACUUUUUGAAAGAUAAAUAUAUAUAUAUAUAUGUACUGUUUACAACCCUUUUCAUGAUAUUCCACUUGUUUUGAGUUUUGACCGUAUAUGUUAUGAUACAUAGUAUUAGAGAUGUCAAACAGGUUUACCCAUCCCGUUCCGUUCUAUACCGCGGUGGGUUAGUCAUCGAGCGGGUCACAGCGAACCUGUUCCGUGCGGACUGCGGUCUUCAAAAUGCUGGCCCAAACCUGUACCACGGAAUAUAUAGGCCUUCGCGCGAGACACCUCCUUAUCAAACCGUCUGCUACAUCUUCUUUCAUGAAUGUUCAAAUAGAAGAGUUGUGUAAGAGAGAUGAAGAGAGCUCAUUAAGUUUCACUAAAGCCUUAUCAAAAUCAAUGCCACAAAGCUCCGUUUGUGCUUGCAUUUUUGAGUUAAAAGCUUUCUUUUAUUAUCACCAUAAGCUUUUGUUAAGUUUGAAUCUUAUUGAGUUGUUGUCUUUGUAAUAAUUUGUCUCAAGUGUUGUAUGUCUUCAUCAAACCAUCUCUCUUUUUCAUUAUUUGGAUUGCAAAAAAAUUUGUGAAUCACUUUGCCAAAUUAUACAAAUGACGUGAUAUACGACUAACUUUUCUUCUAAACAACACUAUUGUAACCAAUUUUUUUUAAUUAAAAAAAACACCACUUCACAGUACUGAAAACAAAACCAAUCAA